AUUAACCAGAACCUCAGUGGUAAUUACCAGUCAGGUUUGCAAGCUUGAUAUCACAUUUAGUGGUGAUCAUCAGAUAAAAUCAACAAUGGUGAGCGUUAAUGGUGCUGCAGUUGAUCAUUGUGAGAAGGGAAACAAGGCUGGUGGUCUUGCCAGCGUGCUAGCGUUGGGCACUGCCAACCCUCCCAAUGUUGUAUAUCAGGAUACAUUUGCUGAUUACUUCUUCAGAGUCACCAACAGUGAGGACAAGGUUGAGCUCAAGGAAAAGCUCAAGCGUGUCUGUGAUAAGUCUAUGAUCAGGAAGAGACACUUCUUUCUGAAUGAAGAGAAGCUGAAGGAGCACCCCAACCUCUGCUCCUUCAUGGACCAUACUUCACUGAACACCAGGCAUGAUAUCGUGGUUGAAGAGGUGCCAAAGUUGGGAGAGAAGGCAGCCAUCAAAGCUCUGGAGGAAUGGGGACGUCCACGUUCUGAAAUCACUCACAUCAUCUUCUGCAGCACCGGCGGUGUCGACUUGCCCGGAGCUGACUAUCGCAUCAUCAAGCUCCUUGGUCUCUCUCCAUCUACAAAGCGUGUCAUGCUCUACAGCCAGGGAUGUUUCGCUGGUGGCACAGUGCUACGAAUAGCCAAAGACCUGGCAGAGAACAAUGAGAACGCUCGUGUACUUAUAGUAUGCGCCGAGUUGACGGUCAUUUCCUUCCGUGGCCCUGAUGAGGCCAAGGAGAACUUCGACAACCUAGUCGGGCAAGCCAUUUUCGCCGAUGGCGCUGCUGCGGUGGUUGUGGGAGCCAAACCUAUCCCAGAGGUUGAGACUCCCUACUUUGAAAUAGUGUCCACUGAUCAGUAUAUCCUUCCGGAGAGUGAAGGGUACAUUGGAGGUCAUUUGAGAGAAGUUGGCCUCACUUUCUAUUUGCAUAACCAAGUGCCCAGCACUGUUGGCAACAACAUAGAGAAGACUCUGAUAAAGGCAUUCUCGCCACUGGGUAUUUCAGACUGGAACUCACUGUUCUUCAUCACCCAUCCCGGUGGGCGUGCAAUCCUUGAUAAGAUUGAGGAGAAGCUGGAGCUAAAGCCAGAGAAGAUGAGGGCCACUCGGCAUGUGUUGAGUGAAUAUGGGAAUAUGUCGAGUCCCAGUGUCUUAUUCAUCAUGGAUGAGAUGAGGAAGCGAUCCAUGGCUGACGGCAUGCGCACCGCCGGAGAAGGUCUUGACUACGGAGUGCUGCAUGGUUUGGGUCCCGGUAUCACUGUGGAGACUGUCGUCCUCCAUGCGCUCCCUCUUGCCAACUUCAUCAACCAGAAUUAAUUAGUUUUUUUUUAAUGUGAAUUUAUUACAUUAUUAUUAGAAUAUAUUCCAUAGUGUUUCCAAAUAUGUCUGAUUAAUUUCAUUA